ACUAACCGUAGAAGAGCUUAUAUAAGUAGAGAGAAAUAAAGACGAUGAAGAACCAAAAACAAACCUAUUCUAAAAAAUGGAGACGAUGAUCAACAAGCAAGUCGUAUUACGUGAUUACGUAACCGGUUUUGCCAACGAAUCCGACCUUGUAAUCACCUCCACCACCGUCGAUCUUAGGGUGCCGAAGGGAUCUAUGACGGCGUUGGUGAAGAAUCUCUACUUGUCUUGCGAUCCUUACAUGCGGAAUCGUAUGAGAAAACCUGAUCCUUUGAGCCCUGCUACUGCUCAGUCCUUCACUCCCGGCAAGCCUAUCUCAGGGUUUGGAGUGUCUAAAGUGAUAGAUUCUGGACACUCAGAUUACGAAGAAGGUGACUUACUUUGGGGAGCAGUAGGAUGGGAAGAGUACAGUGUUAUCACACCAAUUCCUAAUCUUCACUUCAAAAUCCAUCAUACCGAUUUUCCCUUAUCUUACUACACUGGACUUCUUGGUAUGCCUGGUAUGACCGCAUAUGUUGGGUUUUACGAGAUCUGUUCUCCAAAGAAAGGAGAUACCGUGUUUGUGUCAGCUGCCUCUGGCGCGGUUGGUCAGCUUGUAGGACAAUUUGCUAAGAUGAUGGGUUGUUAUGUUGUUGGAAGUGCUGGAAGUAAAGAAAAGGUUGAUCUCCUCAAGAACAAGUUUGGAUUCGAUGAUGCAUUCAACUACAAAGAAGAACACAAUCUUAUUGCUGCCCUAAAAAGGUGUUUCCCUGAAGGCAUUGACAUAUACUUUGAGAACGUGGGAGGCAAGAUGCUGGAUGCAGUGAUCUUAAACAUGAGACCACACGGCCGUAUCGCGGCAUGUGGGAUGAUCUCACAGUACAAUCUGAAGAAUCCGGAAGGCAUAUACGGGCUCUCGCUCAUUACCUACAAAAGAAUCCGUAUCGAAGGGUUUAACUGUUUCGAUUACUUCGACAAAUACUCAGAAUUCUUGGAGUUUGUGGUUCCGUAUAUAAGAGAAGGUAAGAUAACGUAUGUGGAAGAUGUUGCUGAUGGGAUCGAGAGUGCUCCUGCUGCUCUCGUUGGACUCUUUCACGGUAAAAACGUCGGGAAACAACUUGUCGUGGUUUCGCCAUCUUAAGUGAUAUAUUUGAGAGUACUUACUUGUUCGGUAAGUGGUGUGUCGGAAGUUGGAUAUGUCCUUACGAUAUGAAAUUGUUGAAGCAUAAGUAUUUGGUGGAGUUUCUUCUGCAACAUUACAAGUUAUCAGGAUUCGAUAUCAAAGAUGUAAUAAUUAGCCUAAAUUAUGAAAUAAAUACAAGAGACCAUGAUAUC